UCCAUCUUUCUGAAGCUCGGCGGUGGAUACCGAGAAUAUAGCUAAUUCGGCUCGACAUAAACGAAUGCACUCGAUCUCGCUCCAGGUGUUGGCCUCUUUUCGACCCUCUGUCCCAGAUGCUUUUCAUCAACUUUCCAACGCUCGGCCAUCAAGCGAACUCGAUUGGAUAAUCUUUGAUCCCCCUACCGUGUGAUGUAAAUCAUACUUCGAAGGCACCUGCAUACCCCAACAAUGUCUUCCGCAUCCGCGAUGCUUGGACCUUGCUUUUUGGAGUUUUUCUGCCUUUCGCACUGCCGUACCACAUGAUCUCCGGACACCACGGUCGGGGGCCUCAGUCAUUGGAUAUCUAAUUCUUUCUAGCCUGAGGUAGGUUCGCGUUUUAUCUUGGCGGUUUCAACAACCCGUGGUGUGGAGAUCCGUAUACAUAUAUAAAGCCCUGUGCGUUAGCCUUGAUCCCCCAGAUUCUACAAUGAAGUUUUUCUUCCUCUACAUCCUUCCAGCGUUCGUCCUCUCCACCUUAGCCUCUGCUCAAUACAUAUCUCCCACUGCAGGCGAAACAAUCUCUUCCACUGACCCUUUUAAUCUCACAUGGGUGUCUGGGAAGUACUUCAAAGAAACUUCGUUAAACAUCACCGUCCUCUUCGCUAGGAGUCCAUUCUCCAGCAGCCUUAACGGGGUAGUGUUGGUCGAGGGCCUCGUCUCUAACGACCCGGGUAUCAAGACGUACUCUGCCGAGCUGGCACCCAGAUACUUCUAUAACGACAACGAAACAGGAGCGUUUGAUAUUAUUAUCAUUGAAACCUAUCAGGCGUAUGGGGGUGCUAACAUCGCAACUGAACUGUACAUCCAAACAGUCAACCUCGCUGGCCCAUGAAAUGCUUAUAAUUUGAUGUUCGUUGGACGUAUCUACCCUUUGAGCAAAUAUGGACAAUAUAUACCCUGAAGAUAUUCUUUUCCUUCUGUUUCC